GUCAGGCGUAAGUCUGAUCUACAUAGUUUUAUGGAAAAUUCCUCUAUUCCAAUGUUGCUUUGAAAAAGCCACUAGAGGAGCUAAGCUUGAAGCAAGCACUAGUCGCUUUGAGCAUAAUGUACGUGGCACUGCAGUGGAGCUACCUAAAGAAAUUCACAGACACCGAGACUAAAAGGACGUUUACAAAUGUGUGCUAUGGACACUGGGCACUCUAACUGUCGCCACACAAGUAUAUCGCAUUUUUCAGAAUGGCCAGUACAGCUGUUGUGUAACUACUUAGAGUUGCAAUUGUCUAAGGUUGGACAACUUUCGGUUUCUAUCUAGGAUUCAGCAACGCUUGUGGACUCACAGGUGACAAUUUCAUUUUUUCAGCGUUUUUCGUAGUUUUGGUUACAAGCUGCUGGCGAACGUUUCUGAUUCGUGACGUUGUCUCCAAAACGCCACAAGAACAGCCUGUCUCUGCUGAUUUGGUAGAUCAUCACACAACAGACGUCUGUAGGUCAAACGUCUUCAGCUCAAACGAGCAGCCUCCCAUCGGACGGAUUGCAUGGACCCACAAACAGAAGUUCGUCGGAGAGCUGUAGGUGCAGCUGCGAACCUUGAUAACAAAGUCAAUGACUCGCUGUUGUUGCAGGUUUCAAAAGAACUUGGAGACCUAUGGGAAGAAAUUGGCAUUGCCUUAGAAAUACCAAAUGGGGUCUUGAAAAACAUCGAGCAUAAGCACAGGGAUAAAUUGGAUAAGCGGCUUUUGGAAGUCCUAAGACAAUGGUGUGAUGGUGAAGUUAAUCCCACUGUUGGAGCUCUGGUGGAAGCCUGUAAAUGUAAAGGAGUGAAUGCAGAAGUAAGAUGUCAGAAAGCUCUCGGUCUUAUUCCCAAGUAAAAACUGGAUUCAUCAGCUCACAUCAGUGUGAUGACUUGUGUACAACUUGCACGUCUUUUAUAUGCUGCAACAUGUCAAAUUGCAUUGCACAAAUGCAUUCCGAGCAGCAUUCAUUAGCUAGUUUUAGUGUUUUGCUUUUUGCUUUUUCAUGAUAGCUAUAUGCCUAGUACCUAUAGACUCAUCCC